AAGAGAACUUCCCACGCAAGUCCCUCGGAAACUCGCUUUCCCAGUUUGAACGAGAACCACGGAGAAGAGAACAGACAGUUCGUCCAAGUCUGUUCUCAAAGCAGCUCAAUGUUUGGCGUUCUUGGGUCGAUAGAACUCUACUCUUUUCCAAUCACGUUCAUUGAGUCAUAAACAAAAAUCACGGCUGAUAUUAUCAGAUUUGUUUCUGUCAUUGUGAAACGAAAUCAAGUGGGGAAACUUCUCCUUUGGACACUUAUUUUACCGGGUCAGUGAUGUAUUUAGUGAUGGAAUUCGGGUCCCGUUUGACCGAGACCUUGAGUGAAUAAUGGACAAUGGAACAUUUUUCCGCACUCGCCCACUGGAAUAGUCAAUAGAGGAAAGUCGAAGGCUGGAUUGAGAAUGAAUGAAGGGAAUGAAGCCAGUAUUUCAUCCUGAUUCCUCGUUGGUGUGGCCAUUUAUCUUAGGUGCUAAAAAGGGAUGGUUCGUCGUGAAUGCCAUUGAUAGCGGAGCAAAAAAGCCCGUCUGGAGUGUUUUGUGACCCAUAGGUUGGAGACACUUCUCGUGAUAGAGCAUACUUUCCACGACGAGGAAAUCAGCAAUAAAAAUGCUCUGGAAUGGCUCAUUCCGAGACCAUUUAUCCGCACUUCAAAACUUCUUUUUGCCAUUGAUCUCAGGCCGAACUUCACUUUUAGUAGAGUCGUCCAGGUACUUUUCAAUCUCGGAUUGUUCAUUGUCAGUACUCACCCUGAAGAAGUUGGAGGAGAUAUCAAAAGAGCAAACGAAGACGAACGAACCGAUUGUUCCCAGUGUAUUGAUGGAGAUGAUGACUAGAUAUCUGAGUGCCUUUUCAGACUGAAUUGAGGCGGAAAAGUGCGCCAUUAAAAUGAACGAUAGUUCUGUCCCAUUGGGGGCCACACAUCGUCGACUUCUGUCCCACUUGAACUCUACGUGGGACGCUGAAGGUACUGAAGGUGCUGAAGGUACUGAAGGUGCUGAAGGUGCUGAAGGUUCCGAAGACUAUUAUGAGAAUCUAUUCCAAUGGAUGACUGAAGGUCUGCUCAUCUUUAUCAUCGGAAUCAUCGGUUUAGUGGGAAAUGGCAUCUCGAUAUGGACCUUCUCACGUCAACGGAUCCAUCGCAUCUUUCACAAUCUGCUCCUCGUCUUGGCCAUCUUCGACAUCUUGUAUGUUGUAUGCUCCAUUCACUUGUUCUCACUUCGAAUAUUCUGGCCAGAAUACGACCAAUUGGUUCGCAUCCCGUCCCUGCCCAUUGUCAUUCCAUUUGCGCAGAUUGGCUUAAUGGGCAGCACUUAUUGUACGGUAGCUCUGGCCUUGGAGAGGUUCCUUGCUGUGUGCUAUCCGUUUCUACCUCGAAGACACGUGUAUUCCACGCGGACCUUUGUCAUCCCCGUGGUUGUGUUCACAAUGCUUUAUAAUGUGCCCAAGUUCUUUGAGCUGACGGUGGUUCGGAUCCCCUCGUUUCUGGAUAACACAACCAACUGGGAGAGUGUGAACGAAACGACUUUCGUUAGUGAGCAUGGGUGCUACGUUUACAAUAAUGCCACGGACACCUACAACUUGGACAACUACACGGGUCCAUUAAUGUUCGAGCUGAAGCCCACCUCGCUCCGUUUGGACCGGAUAUACAUUCGAGUGUACAUUUUAUGGAUGAACCUGCUCCUUCUGAUCCUGGGACCGUUCAUUGUGAUCAUUGUGCUGAACUUUCGAGUUUAUCGCCGUAUAAAGCAGUUUGAACAAACUCUUCUCAACGACACUCUGAGGGUCUGCUUCACACGGGUUCCCAAUCCCAACGGGAGUGGCCUCACUCAGAAUCUGCCUCUCCAUCAAAUCCACCAUCGGAACAGCAUGGGAGCACCAGAAAUGGACCGAGGGGGGACCGACCGGAGAGGAGCCACGGACACCAUUGAGGAAGAGAGUGGAUCGUUGAUCAGGAAUGGCAGCACUCUAUUCAAAGGUCUCCGCAAACGGAGACGAAAAUCCUCGGCCAACACGCCGCGGAGACGGGAGGUGCAGCUCUCCAAGAUAUCCAUUUACAUUGUCCUGAUGUUUGUCAUUUGUCACAGCGUUCGAUUGAUCCCUAAUACGUACGAGAUGGCGCAUACCUACAGUCGGGAUUAUGACAACACUCUUCUACCUUGGCCUUUGUGGGUGGCCAGAGUGACCAAUUUGAGCCACGUGCUCUUGACCUUGGUCUGCUCGUCGAACUUCUUCAUCUACUACUUCAAGCACGGCAACAUUUGUCGGAAGAAAUCGUGGCAAAACUGCGAGAACAAGUACGGCAAUGCUCCCACGACAGCAGGAAUCGGUACUACAACCAAUGGAUGUACGGCCUUAACAGAAAUCUCUGAGAACUUUUCACGGGCAGAUUCGUUCCUGUCGACAAGUGGAAGUUGCUUAUGUUUAUCGAACCGGCUUAGUGGUCUUCGAUCGAUGUCGUGCUUUGCUUGUUAAUGUUUUCGUUUUCACGUAAUGUCAAUCUACUGCACAAUCUUUGCAUGGUCUUGAAGUGACGCAUGAUUCUUGGACUUUAGAAAGGCUUCUCAGACAAUCAUUCAGGUGACUAUUGUUAUCUUCUGAUUUCAUUCUAGUACACAGGUUUCAAAGGACAUUGAAUCAUAUCGAAAGUAGGAUCGCUUAACCUACUUAAAGCUCAAAGGAAAAGUGAUUACUCGAACUGGUAUGCUUAUACGGUGACUGCCAAGUGACGAUCUUUUCUCCCAUUUUUUCUUUCUCCUAUACAAAACCACACACCUUCAAGAGAAAAAACCAGACAAUGUGAAAUAAUAUCUUUAUCUCAAUGUCACAUAGAAUUGUAUGGAUGGAUGUUUUAUUAUUUACCAUACUGUUCUUUCAUUCAAAGAGAGCACUUUCUCUUUCUCCAAUGAUCUAGUUCCCUAACCAUGAUUUGAUAUUGUCGGUUUGGUUCAUUUUUUGGCCACAAAAACUUGCUCCCUGAGUCUAUAAUUUACUUGGGGGAACAACACCAUGCUACAAAUAAAUGCAAUCGUCACUAACUGGGUCAUUUUUUCGAAAUAUGGCGCGGCUUCAAGUGAUAAAAUGGGGUUACUACGUGUGGUUGAUUGAGCUGGAUAUCAUUAUCAAUUAUUCUGGUUUCAAAUUAGGAUUGUUAUGAACAAGUACUUCCAGUGAUCAGAAUGCCCAAUCAGGCCCUUUUUUUAAUUUGAACAACAAAACACUUCUAUUGGCCUCUGUGAAACUAUAUUGAACAUACCCUAUUUCCAUUUUUAAUUCAAAAACUUCCUGAGCCAUUUCAAGCACAUAAUUGAACAACUUUACAAGCUUUUUUUUGAGGUAAAUUUGUCUUUUGUAUUAUCAUUGUUUUCACCUCGAUGUUGUCGUUGUUGUUGUUAGUUAGUUAUCUCAUUUUCAAUGAUUCCGCGAAUCAAUUACCACGUUUCUGUAUCGUCUUUUUGGUCUUAUUUUGAUUCCGUCUAUUGGUUCUUGAUUGUUGAGCACCUCGAAUUACUCAAUGCCGAUCUUGUUUGCAUUCCAGAUAUCGAUCCCAACGUAGUCGUUCUCGUUCCCCCCGACCGAAAACGACUCUGAAAACCACCUCAACCUCGUUUAAAGAAGAGGACAUGCUUUGAAUUGUGUGAACAUUGCGGUGCGGUGUGUGGAAAUUGCCAAAUUGAUUUAGUAUAUGUUUCACAACCCACAAAUACAGGAACUCAAGCAUGAAAUCAGAGUUGAUGGAUGGGGGUACACCAGAGAGAAAGACAAACACACAAGCAUGCUGAUGUUCCCCUGAGGGCGUCAAAAACUUUCUGUUCUGCCUCGUCGGGAAAUUCCAUAGCACCACAAGAAUCAAAUGUGGGUAUGCAGUUUAGGCUAAACUGCUCACCUCUCCCACACACACAAAACCUGCCCUCUGUAUUGUCAAAUCCAACUCAUUUUUGUUACAUUUUGUCAGAUAUUCACUUUUGUCAGUCUGUAUUAUUAUUUCUAUCAUCAUCAUGAAUCAUAUGAACUUUUUUCCUCUCUUAAAGCUGUACGUGGCUAUUCCCAAGCUCAGGUGUUGUGGACGUAAGAUCCCCAAUAUUGUUCACUAUUGUUACUGAUUGACGUUCAAUAAAUGGAGUAUUCAUGUAAACUGA